GCGCCCCGGGGAGCCCCGGCGAGCCGGCCCGGGCGGGACUGCGCCCCCACUCCGCCCUCCGGGAAGCGCCCGCCCCACUCGGCCGGAGGGAGGAGCCAGCCCGGCCCGGAGCAGGACGCGCGGCCCCCGGCGGCGGGGAGCGCACGCGAGCGCAGGCGGGACCCGCGGCGGAUUGUCAGGAACUGCUGCCGCCGCCCUCCAUGGCCUAUGUCCCGGGUGGGGGAGCCCCUGCGGCAGGGGCUGUCCCCGUGGGCUCCCAGUACUGCGUGUGCAAGGUGGAGCUGUCUGUGAGUGGCCAGAACCUGCUGGACCGGGACGUCACCUCCAAGUCCGACCCCUUCUGUGUCCUUUUCAUUGAGAACGAUGGCAGAUGGAUGGAGUUGGACAGGACAGAAACGGCUGUCAACAACCUGAACCCCGCUUUCUCCAAGAAGUUCGUGGUCGACUACCACUUCGAGGAGGUGCAGAAGCUCAAGUUUGCCCUGUUCGACCAGGACAAGUCCAGCGCGCAGCUCGAUGAGCACGACUUCCUGGGCCAAUUCUCCUGCAGCCUGGGCACGAUCGUCUCCAGCAAGAAGAUCACUCGGCCUCUGGUGCUAAUGAACGACAAGCCGGCGGGGAAGGGCCUGAUCACGAUCGCUGCCCAGGAGCUGUCGGACAACAGAGUCAUCACACUGAGCCUGGCGGGCAGGAAGCUGGACAAGAAGGACCUCUUCGGGAAGUCGGACCCGUUCCUUGAGUUGUAUAAGCCGGGAGAUGACGGCAAAUGGAUGCUGGUGCACAGGACCGAGGUGAUCAAGUACACGCUGGACCCUGUGUGGAAGCCGUUCACGGUGCCGCUGGUGUCCCUGUGUGACGGGGACUUGGAGAAGCCGGUCCAGGUCAUGUGCUAUGACUAUGACAACGAUGGCGGCCACGAUUUCAUCGGCGAGUUCCACACGUCUGUGUCACAGAUGUCUGCAGCUCAGGACGGGGUCCCGCUGGAGUUUGAGUGCAUCAAUCCCAAGAAGCAGAGGAAAAAGAAGAACUAUAAAAACUCGGGCAUCAUUAUCCUGCGCUCCUGCAAGAUCAGCCGGGAUUACUCCUUCCUGGACUACAUCCUGGGGGGCUGCCAACUCAUGUUCACGGUGGGGAUAGACUUCACAGCUUCCAAUGGGAACCCCUUGGACCCCUCCUCUCUGCACUACAUCAACCCCAUGGGCACCAACGAGUACCUGUCGGCCAUCUGGGCUGUGGGGCAGAUCAUCCAGGAUUAUGACAGUGAUAAGAUGUUUCCAGCUUUGGGGUUUGGGGCCCAGUUACCCCCGGACUGGAAGGUGUCUCACGAGUUCGCCAUCAACUUCAGCCCCACCAACCCCUUCUGCUCAGGCGUGGAUGGCAUCGCGCGGGCGUACUCGGCCUGCCUGCCCCACAUCCGCUUCUAUGGACCCACCAACUUCUCCCCCAUCGUCAACCACGUGGCGCGCUUCGCGGCCCAGGCCACGCAGCAGCAGACGGCCACGCAAUACUUCAUCCUCCUCAUCAUCACCGACGGCGUCAUCAGUGACAUGGAGGAGACGCGGCACGCGGUGGUGCAGGCGUCCAAGCUGCCCAUGUCCAUCAUCAUCGUGGGCGUGGGCAACGCCGACUUCGCAGCCAUGGAGUUCCUGGACGGGGACAGCCGGGCGCUGCGCUCGCACACGGGGGAGGAGGCGGCCCGCGACAUCGUACAGUUCGUGCCCUUCCGGGAGUUCCGAAACGCAGCUAAAGAGACUCUGGCCAAAGCCGUGCUGGCGGAGCUGCCUCAACAAGUCGUGCAGUAUUUCAAGCACAGAAACCUGCCCCCCACCAACUCGGAGCCCGCCUGAACACCAGCCAGCACCCAGCAGCAUGCCCCGCCCCCCCCCCCCC